UCUAACUGUGUUCUCCAGUCCUCUUGUUCUAUUAUUCAAGAAGUAUAUCAAAGUUACAGAUCCACUACAGCUUACAUAUUUUACAGUUUAUUCAAUGGAUCUGCCCCCAGAAACACAACAGCACCACAUUACCAGUAUUGCUGCUGCUGCUGUUGACUAGCCCAAUCAUGUCCUCAGCCCAAGAAGGAGACACAGUAUUCACAAGCUAUGGGGCAGUGGAAGAGAAGAAACUAGAAGCUGAAUCAGACAUUGAUAAACCAGAUGCCAUUACCUUGCCCCCACUUGCUGCUAGUCCUAUAAACUCUCUUGAUGAUGUCAACCAAGAAGAUAGCUAUCACCCCAGCCUUAACCACAAAAAAGCUGCUUUGCUGAUAAAAGAGGGCAAGGACAAUGAGAAAUUUGAGUUACUGCCAGAGAAUAAGAGAUCAUGGAUAGCAUACAGGAUACUCCACAAUCCUUUCUAUUACUGGCUUGCACUGAUACUAGCUGUAGCUCUUAUGCUACUGGCAUUCUUGGAAGAACCAUCAGCUAGAUCUGAACUGGAUGAGAAAAACAAAGGGAAACGAAUUGGUCACUUAGUUACUGAGUUGGCAAUUCUUACAUUUUUUGCUGUUCAGUUAUUGUUGCGUUUUUUAUGGCUGGGACCAAAGCUGUUUUUUAAAGGAAGAUCAACAGUUGUUGCUAUCGUAAUAAUAGUGAUGACUCUUGAAAUAAUUGUUUUGUUUGCUAAGCCAACUGAUCGGCAUGUGAGGAUUAUGAGAGCACUGCGACCUUUCUUUCUCCUUGAUACUUACCUCAUGUAUGGAGUGAGAAGAGUUGUGCGACAGAUAUUUCAAUGUCUCAAGUACAUUAUUGAUGUAAUGCUGGUCCUUUUCUUUCUUGUUGCAGUUUUUGCUUUAGUUGGAUAUUUUCUCUUUAAAAACAUAAAUCCUACGUAUUUUAGAACUUUAGAAUUAAGCAUAGUUAGUAUGAUUGUGACUCUCACAACAGCAAACCAUCCAGAUGUUUUCAUGGAAGCAUACAAAAAAAGUGAUUUUGCUCCAAUAUUUUUCAUGAUAUACAUGUUUGUGACUUUCUAUUACUUCAGCAAUGUUUUAUUGGCUGUGUUGUUUGCUAAAUUUAAAAGUGCUGAAAAGAAAAAGUAUAAAAAACUUUAUCUCCACAAAAGAGAGGCACUGCAUAGAGCAUUUGAUCUUCUGAAGAAUGACAAUGACAAUAUCAUAUUUUCUGAUUUUUUGUUAUUCAUGAAGAAGUAUAAUCCUAGAACUUCACCUUAUCAAACAAUGUGCUUAUUUAAAGCACUUCAGAAAUGCAAUGGAGUUGAGGGUUGCCUCAGUUUAGAAGAAUUUUCAAGUUUUUAUGAAUAUGAGAACAUGAAAUGGGAGCUGAUACAUAAGACUGGUCGGAUUGUUGCUUGGUAUGAAAUACUGAAUGAAACUCCAAAAAAGCUAAAGAGAGCUUUAAAAUUACUUCAUUUCAUUGUGAAUCAUUGGCUCUUUGAUAUAGUUAUGGCUCUAAUUGUCUUGGCCAACCUCUUGUAUCUCAUUAUCUACAUCAUACUAUAUGUAGACAAUAAUAAUGCUCAAAAUAAUACAAUGAAUGAUAAUUGCACAGAAAAAGAAAAUAAAGAUUACUUUUGUUCAGCAAGGCUAGGAAUAGCUGGUUCAUUUAUUUUUAACUCUAUUUAUUUAGUUGAAGUAAAUUUGAAGCUGUUCCUUAAUGGACCAGUGAAAUACUUCAGGAAAUGGGCAAACUGGGUUGAUUAUAUUCUUGUGGUUGGUAGCUUUAUCUUCCUAUGCAUUGAGAUAGGACUCAUUCAAAAUGAUGCAGACAGUCCAAGUUUCAGAUACAUUGCCAUAAUACGCCCACUCAAAUUAUUAAGGUUGCUCCGUCUUAAAAAGAAUUAUUUCUUUUUGAUUCGUAUAUUAAUAGUACUGGCAUCAAGAAUGACAAGUGUCCUCAUCUUGCUUAUGAUUGUAAUUUACUUCUUCUCAAUAAUCGGCAUGGAGGUGUUCACUGGAAAUAAUGCUGUACGUGCAGGUUGCUGUGCAAAUGCAGAAUUUAAUGUUGGUGUUUAUUAUGACAAUUCGACAUUAUAUGAUCCUGGCUUGUACUAUUUGAAUAACUUUAACACUCUUGGUCGUAGCUUUGUGACACUGUAUGAAGAGAUGGUUGUUAAUAAUUGGUUCAUUCAAAUGGAAGGAUUUGUAUCAACUACUGGUAAAGCAGCAAGAUUGUAUUUCAUUUUAUUCUGGAUGGUGACAACACUUGUGGUCAAUAUUGCCAUAGUCUACAUUGUUGAUGCUUUUGUUAAUGCAUUGAAGGCUAGCAAAAUGAAUGAAGAAAUAUCAUCAGGAGAAUUAAAAAGAGUAAUUAAAAUAUCACUGACGAGGUCUGAGAUUAGAACUUUAUCGAAUGUCAUCCAUUUGAAAGCUAUAUAUGAAGUUAGGAAAAGGUUUUCCAUUUACAGGUGGAUCAGAAAACAUUACGAUAUUCCUGCCAGAACAAUAGAAUUGUAUGGAGGUGAGUUUAGAGGAAAGAGAAUGAUGACAGAUGAUGAUCUUCGAACUAUCAUCUACAAAGGAGACAUAGAAGAAUGGAAGGAGAAAUUUGAUGAAGAGCGUGCAAUGCUAGUGUCAAAACAAAAAGGAGACAGCAUAGCAAUUCACAAGGAGACUCCACGUGAACAUGCAAAGAGAAUGAUUCUCAUGCUAGCUGAGAAAAUGAAGCAACUUUUCUUUUAUUUACUAGGAUGAAGAAUACUACUACAUUUAUUGUGUGUAUAUGACAGUAUGUGUGUGUACAAAUACACAUGAUGUGUGCAAAUAUUCAUAGUUAUUUUUGGAAUUAUAUUCAUUGUGCCAAACAAGAUGCUGUUAUUGGAA